AUUGAGUCUUUCCUUGCUCCCUUCGAUGACGAGUGUGCUGUUCUCGCUGAUGGAGUGCGAACACUUGAUGGAUCCACCCGAAAUCAUUUUGAUCUCCAUGCAUAUGUCAUCUUCGAGGACGGUGAUAUUGUUGCUAUCGAAAAGCUAUUAAACAUCAAGGGUCACAAUGCGGUCUAUCCAUGCCGUUCAUGUGAGAUACAAGGAGUACGGAAUAUCACUGGCCGCGGCAAAGUGUACUACACUCCUCUUAGCACCCCAGACCUCGACCACCAGCCUCGACCAUCUCUUGACCCUCACCAUCUGCCUCUUCGCUCGCACCAGAGCUACCUCGACGCACAUGACAAACUAUGGUCAGCCACAACACGAACAGAGAAAGCUGUCAUUGCCAAGCAAACUGGUAUUCGCGGUCCUCCUGCACUACGACGUGUGGAAUCAUUGGACUAUUCAAAGUCAUUUCCAUAUGAAUGGAUGCAUUUGUUUCUGGAGAAUGUCGUGCCUACCCUCGUAAAUCUGUGGACUGGUCGUUUUAAAGGCCUCGAUUCUGGUUUUGAGAACUACGAGAUCUCGGAUGAUGUUUGGGAAGAAAUUGGAGCUGAGACAGCGGGUGCUGUCAAGGACAUCCCUGCAGCCUUUGUACGGGCCCUUGGCAAUAUUGCUCAUGAUCGCUCAAAUUUUACAGCCGAAGCAUGGGGAUUUUGGUUCAUGUACCUGGCCCCCGUCAUACUCAAGGAUCGAUUUGAAGAUGCAAAGUACUAUGACCAUAUGUGUGAACUCGCAGGGAUGAUGAAGAAAAUGCUGCAAUUCCAGCUUACUCAUGGUGAGAUUGACGCACUUGACGAGGGACUAAUCAAAUGGGUCAAAACAUACGAA